CUUCUUGCUAUUUAUCUUCUUGAAUUAUGGCUACAGCAUCUCAUGCUGCCCCGGCUCUCGCUAGGGGCAAUGGCUACAAGUGCGAAUGGGCUCGAUACGUUGCGAGACGUACACUUGCAGAAGACCUCGAUAAUGUCAAGGUACGCAUUCGGUCAGUCCUUGAAUCGGAUCGUUCCACAAUUCCGGGUUCUUUUCAUAUUCCGACUCACCAUACGUCCGUUAACCAGUUUCUCCGAGAGACGAAAAGUUUGACCGGCCUUGGUCUUGUAGCCCCUGAGCAGGGUAAUAUUAAGAUUGGCAUCAUCGGCGCUGGCGUGGCCGGACUAUUUACCGCGAUGCUCUUUGACUGGCUCAAUUCGACGGUUAAGGGCCUGAACAUCGAUUAUGACUUGAUUGAAGCUGCAUACACCGCUACACUUGUCAGCAAUGCGCUGAAAGAAUUCAUAGAGAUGACCCACAGAAAGCUUGACGAGCGUCGAGCUGCCCCUCCGGAUGACUUUCAAAAAGAGGAAAAAUUCUGGAAGUUUCUUAUGAAGGCAGAUAAUAUGAGCGUCCGACAGUUCCUUGCUUCCAUUGACAAUGGACCUUUGUUGCCUCAAGGUCCGGGCUACAACUUCACGAUUGAAUGGCUCGAGACAGCAAUAUAUGGUACUGGUUGGUAUAACCAGUCUCUGAGCGAGUGUGUGCUCGAGGAGUUGGAUUUCGAUGUCGACAAUGAUGAAGCCCUCUGGUGUAUUGACGGCGGGACUCAAACGGUCGCUCAUUUGAUGGAAAGUCAAAUAGAGCGACCUGUGCAGCUCCACAGCCGGGUUAUCGCCAUCAAUGCUAAUAUAUCCAAACGCGCGAGUACGAAAGAACACGUACCGAUGACGCUUACGAUCAAGAAGACCGACCCCGAUGCAAUGAAGACGGAGACAAGAGCCGAAGAUUACUUUGCCGUUUUUAACUCCACCACGCUAGGUGCACUCCAGCAGAUGAAUAUCAAAGAUGCCGGUCUUCUCUGGGGCACCAAGCAAGCAAUAAGAACGCUUGGGUACGGUGCUUCAUGCAAAGUGACUAUCAAGUUCAGCAGAGCCUGGUGGCAGGUUGAGCCAUUCAACAUUGACAGAUUUACCGCUAAGAAGAGGCCUUCCGUCCUGCUAUGUUCUUACACCUGGGGCCAAGAUGCACAGAAAUUGGGCUCUCUGAUCUCGCGUAGGACGCCAGAAGACGAGGAGCAGCUGAAAUCAGUCGUAUUGCAUAGCCUUGCGCUUCUUCAUGCAAACGACGCCAAGCCGUAUGAUACGCUGCUCUUCGAGCUCCAGAGAGAUUAUGUGACACAUCACGCAUGGGACUGGUAUCAUGACGAAAACAUGUCUGGAGCCUUCGCCUACUUUGGACCUGGACAAUUCUCCAGCAUGUGGGAAGAGAUCAUCAAGCCGAAUGCGUUUGGUCAGCUUUACCUAGUUGGCGAGGCGGCAUCUUCUCACCAUGGUUGGAUCGUUGGCGCUCUAGAAAGUGUUGUUCGUGCAACGUACACAAUGCUGAAGGGGCUCCAGUCGGGGGAUCCGGGCUACAAACCAUACCAAGAAGCUAUGGAUCUGUUGAAUCCGGAUCCCAAUAAACCAGCACCGCCGCCCUCGCCAUUCUAUCCCUUGCCAGGAGAGAUGCCGAGAUGA